AUGGUGUUAGCAAAGUCAAAGAAUGCCGUGGGACUGGGCAACAGUCUCAUGAAUGACCGAUUCGGCAGGGGAAAGUCCUCAAGCCAGAAGAAGGCUUCCCACAAUGCUAUUGCGCGCAAAGGCGUGAACGGCGAGACCUAUAUCACCAACGAGGCUCAGGAAGCAUCAUGGGUCAAGAUGCGCUCCAUCACCGAGCAGGCUGCCCUCGAUGAAUUCCUUAGCACUGCAGAGCUGGCAGGAACCGAUUUCACCGCCGAAAAAAUCAACAACGUCAAGAUUAUUCAUUCCGAUCAGAAGAACCCUUUCCUCCUGACCGCGACCGAGGAGAAGAACAAAGUCAAGAAGCAUCUGAAGAAUAGGGGAAAGUUGACGGUGCCGAGACGGCCGAAAUGGGAUUCUUCGACUACACCCGCGCAGUUGGAAAAGAUGGAGCGCGAGAGUCUUUUAGACUGGCGUCGCGGAUUGGCGGAACUUCAGGAGCAUCAUGAUCUGCUCAUGACUCCCUUCGAGCGAAACUUGGAGGUCUGGCGCCAGUUGUGGCGUGUUAUUGAGCGAUCCGAUCUUGUCGUGCAGAUUGUCGAUGCGCGUAACCCUCUUCAGUUCCGUUCCGAGGAUCUGGAGAACUAUGUUAAGGAGAUUGACUCGCGGAAGAAGAACCUUCUGCUCGUGAAUAAGGCAGAUAUGUUGAGUCUUACGCAGCGAGAGGCUUGGGCCCAGUACUUCGAGGAGAACAACAUUAACUUCCGAUUCUUCUCUGCCCAUCUCGCCAAGGAGAAGAUGGAGCUUGAGAUGCUGCUGGAGGAACAGUCAGACAGCGAGGAUGAUUCUCAACUGACCAAGUCGGCGAAGAAGCUGGCCUUGGAUGAAGCCGAAGAGGACUCUAGUGAGGAAGACGAGGAGGCUCUGGCUAGGCUCGCCGACCCCGAUCAGUCUCUCGGUCCGCACAUUCUGGAUGUGGACGAGCUUGAAGCGCUCUUCCUAGCCAACGCCCCUGAUGCUCUCCCUCAGGAAGGAGACGCGGACGGACGUAAGCAGAAGACCACCAUUGGUCUCGUCGGUUACCCCAACGUGGGUAAGUCCAGUACAAUCAACGCCCUCCUGGGAGCCAAGAAGGUGUCCGUCUCUGCCACCCCCGGUAAGACCAAGCAUUUCCAGACAUUGUACCUCUCUCCCGAGAUCAUGCUCUGCGAUUGUCCCGGUCUGGUAUUCCCCAAUUUCGCCUCUACCAAGGCCGACUUGGUCGUCAACGGUGUGCUGCCCAUCGACCAGCAGCGUGAGUUCACCGGUCCCGCCGGCCUUGUCGCGAAGCGUAUCCCCAGACACUUCAUGGAGAAUGUGUACGGCGUGAAGAUCCCCAUCCGACCUAUCGAGGAGGGCGGCACUGGUAUUCCCACUGCUAGUGAGAUCCUCCGAGCCUACGCUCGUGCCCGUGGUUUCUCCACUUCCGGUCUGGGCCAGCCCGAUGAGUCUCGUGCUGCUCGUUACAUUUUGAAGGACUUUGUGAACGGAAAGCUCCUCUACGUGCACCCACCUCCCACCCCAGAGGGCGAGCCCGUCGCCGACCCGAACGAGUUCAACCAGGAACUCUAUGACAUCGCCCAUCUUCCCGCCAGACGUCAGGCCAUCCUCGCCAAGGCUAACCUUGCCGUCGAAGCCGACUUCGAUUCGGAAGUUGGUUCUCUUGCCUCCGCACAGAUUGAGACUCACGAUCUUCCGGGCGCACGCUCUCGUAACAUCGAUACCGGUUUCUUCGGUACAGCCACUGGCCCGUCUGCCGGUCGCAUGAGUGUUCCCUUCCAGCACAAGUACACGGAACAGGGCCAGCAGAUGCGCAAGAACCUCACCGGUCGCAAGGAGCGUAUGAUGAUUGCUAUGGAGCGCGGCAUUGAUGUCUCCGAGGUGAAGAGCGGCAGCUCCAAGAAGCAUUUCAAGGGUAACAAGAAGCGAGCCAAGGGCAAGCGCAACACUCCUGAGAAUGACGACUACAACUAA